UUAGAAUGCAACGUAAUCAUUCGGUUCAUAUUUGUUCGUCAGAAACAAAUUGGAUAUUGAAUGCAACCUUGAAUCUUCGUAACUGUUUUGUUCUUUGUUUGCCUGCUUUAUCGAAUAUCGCUCACACAUCAACCGUUCGCAUAUCAUCAACGGUCAGGUGGACCGAUCACUGAUAUAACCGUCAUCUACGUUCACAUAUCACAUCGGUAUUCCCACUAUUGAGUUUUUCUAAUUACACAUUAUCAGAGAUUACAAUUCUCACUUGACGUAAUUGAACCACGUGUAAUUGUUGGGUAAAGGUUUGAAGACUCGAAAAAGCUUCUUGUUGACGAUGAGAUCAACGAGUGAGAUUUCUUUAGAAUUUUUACAGACAAGCGAUAUACAGACGGACAACAAAUCGUGUAGUACAUAUUGUUUUAAUAAUGGGGAAUGUACUUUAUGCUCAAUACAGGGUCCUUUACUUGCGACUAAAUGUCUUAGAUGCAGAUGUUCGAGAGAAUGGGCGGGAGACAGAUGCGAGAGAAGAACAGGAUUAUUACCUACACCUCUAAAAGAAAAACCUCAAGAAAUCCCAAUUGAUAUCAUGGUUGGCCUAUUCAUCACAUGUAUAAUGUUACUGGUGAUUUUCGUUAUAAUUAAGUAUAAAGUCAAGGUGAAUUCAUGGAUAAAAGACAAAACAAGUUACUUAAGUAACAAAUUUACUACGAAAGAUUCAACAUCUUUUUCUUAUAGCACUUAUUUAAAUGACGAAGGCGUUGUCCCAUGAAUAUUUUUUUCCCUAAAACCGAAGUUGUGUCAUUUUUAUUUUGAUUACUUCC